AUGGUUUCCAGGGUCUCCCCGGACCCCCAGGCCCACCUGGUGAAGGCGGGAAACCAGGAGACCAGGGAGUUCCUGGAGAAGCUGGAGCUGCUGGAGCCACGGGACCCAGAGGAGAGCGAGGCUUUCCUGGAGAGAGAGGUGCAGCUGGACCACAGGGUCUGCAGGGGCCCCGAGGUCUGCCUGGGACCCCUGGGAUUGACGGCCCAAAGGGUGGAGUUGGACCUGGAGGAGCAGGAGGAGCUCAGGGACCUCCUGGUCUGCAGGGUAUGCCAGGGGAGAGAGGAGGAGCAGGCAUCCCAGGACCCAAAGGAGACCGGGGGGAUGUGGGAGAGAAAGGACCAGAGGGAGCUGCAGGGAAAGACGGAGCCAGAGGCCUCACUGGACCCAUCGGGCCCCCGGGCCCUGGGGGCCCCAACGGAGAAAAGGGAGAGUCGGGUCCUGCUGGUCCGUCUGGAGCACCUGGAACACGAGGAGCUCCUGGUGACAGAGGUGAGACCGGACCCCCGGGGCCGGCUGGAUUCUCUGGACCACCUGGCACUGACGGUCAGCCCGGGACCAAAGGGGAGCAGGGAGAGUCUGGACAGAAGGGUGAUGCUGGGGCCCCUGGACCUCAGGGUCCGUCUGGAGCCCCAGGUCCCGCUGGUCCCACUGGUGUCACUGGACCUAAAGGAGCUCGUGGUGCUCAAGGACCUCCUGGAGCCACUGGGUUCCCCGGAGCCGCUGGUCGUGUGGGACCUCCCGGCCCCAACGGUAACCCUGGUCCUGCUGGUCCUGCUGGUCCCUCUGGAGCUGCUGGUCCUGCAGGAGAGAAAGGAGACGCAGGAGAAGACGGGCCUCCUGGUCCUUCUGGUCCCUCUGGUCCUGCUGGACUCGCGGGACAGCGUGGCAUUGUGGGUCUACCAGGACAGCGAGGAGAGAGAGGGUUUCCUGGUCUGCCUGGUCCUUCUGGAGAACCAGGAAAACAGGGAGCGGCCGGAGGAGCCGGGGACCGAGGGCCUCCUGGACCUGUUGGGUCUCCUGGACUCACAGGACCCGCUGGAGAGCCGGGGAGAGAGGGUAACCCGGGGUCUGAUGGUCCUCCAGGAAGAGACGGUUCUGCCGGAGUCAAAGGCGACCGUGGCAACACUGGACCUGCGGGGGCUCCUGGUGCUCCGGGGGCCCCUGGGGCUUCUGGUCCUGUGGGUCCCACUGGAAAACAAGGAGACCGAGGCGAGGCUGGAGCACAGGGACCUGCAGGACCCGCGGGGCCGGCUGGGGCCAGAGGAAUGCCUGGACCACAAGGACCUCGUGGGGACAAAGGAGAAGGUGGAGACGGAGGAGAGAGAGGACAGAAGGGACACAGAGGCUUCACGGGGCUGCAGGGCCUGCCCGGGCCUCCGGGUCAAGCUGGAGACCAGGGCGCAACUGGACCUUCAGGACCUUCUGGACAGAGAGGACCCCCCGGGCCUGUGGGCCCCGCAGGAAAGGACGGGGCGAACGGACUCCCAGGACCCAUCGGACCCCCCGGACCACGAGGACGCAGCGGAGACACCGGUCCCAGUGUAA